GUGAAAAGGUAUUGUCAAAGAAAGGAGAAAUGUCCAGAUUUUGUGAAGUUUUCAAUAAUGCAGUGUUCAGACUUGUUUGUUAAAUGGCAAUCUGCCAACACUUCAAUUUGUAACCCUGUGAACAUGAAUCAUAAUUUACUUCUCUGACUUGUUUGUUUUUUUUCCCUUUUUUCAAAGGUAAGCGUGUUACAAACUGAGUUGUGUUUCGCCGUCUGGUACUUUUAGUUAGUCUUUGGCUCUUUUGGUGCAGUUCGAAUGAUUCCUUGGUCUAAGUAUUCAACGGGCCAAUAAGCACUCCGUAAAGAGAGGCAUUCCUAAACAAGUCAUGGAGGGUAUAAAGAACGUACCUUGUCUCCACAUUCCUAAACAAAGCCAUCGAGCUCGCCCAACCAACAACCAGAGCUUUAUGCAAUUACGCAUUAUGCCCCCACAUCUGUGCUCUUUUUGCUCUCGUCUCUCUAUCUCUUACGCUUUACUCUCUUAAAGCUCUCUCUCUAAUUCACAUCUUAUCGGAUGAGUUCGAUUGGAGUCUGGGAAACAAGUCGAGCAAAUGAACAGUUUCGAGCCUGAGGGCUCCUCAUUGUUAUGGCCUUUUCUAUGCAAUAGCUUGCAAAUUACAGAGAGCGAAAAGGGUAAGCCGUUGCCAAAAUAUGGUGAGUGGGACGUGAACAACCCUGCCUCAGCCGAUGGGUUUACGGUCAUCUUCGCCAAGGCUAGGGAUGAAAAGAAGGGCAACAACCCCAGCGGAGGCCAAGGCCAGCCAAACAAAGAGCCAGCUCGAUCACAAUCACGGUUGUCGACCCAAUGUGACCCUAACAAGAAAAAGUGGCUUUGUUGUUUCUGAAAUGCCAAUGCGCCAUAUUGUGAAUGAAGCUACAAAUGUAAUACAGGAAACUUAAACUCGAGAGCUUGGCUUGGUACGAUUAUCUUCCAAUCUAUCAGAUCUUCGAGUUGGCGCAAUCAGAGAAGUAAAUGAGGAAGCAUUAUUGAUAUUUUAAAAAAAAUAUUUUGGUUCAUCAGAUAAGGGUAGAUACAUAGAUAUUUUUGUUAGGAUUUUAU